GCGGCGCAGGGAGCGGAGACCGCGGGCGGCGGCGGCGGCCAUGGGCUGCUUCUUCUCCAAAAAGGCGCGGCGGAAGGGCGAGCCCGAGGACCCCCGGCCCAAGCAGUACAGCUGGGACAGCCGGGACAAGGUGGACCCCAGAGACUACACGCUGAGCGGCUUGAAGGGGGAGACGGUGGGCCGGCUGCCCGGCCAGGUGUCCGGCCGGCCGCUGGCCAUCCAGGACUGCUCCGACUGCCGCAUCUUCAUCUUCGACCACUCGGCCGCGGUGACCGUCGACGACUGCACCAACUGCAGGUUCUUCCUGGGGCCGGUGAAGGGGAGCGCGUUCUUCCGCAACUGCCGGGACUGCAAGGCCGUGGUGGCCUGCCAGCAGUUCCGCAGCCGGGACUGCGCCGAGCUGGACGUGUUCCUCUGCUCCGCCACCCAGCCGGUCAUCGAGGCCUCCAGCGGCGUCAGGUGCGGGUGCUUCCAGUUCUAUUACCCGGAGCUGGCCUCCCAGUUCAAGGCGGCCGGCCUGAGCGUCUUCAACAACUGCUGGAGCCGGGGUCACGACUUCACCCCCGCGGCCGGGGAGGACCACUGGAGGCUCCUGGCGGAGGACGGCGGGCUGCGGGACUGCGUCCCCCCGCCCGCCGCCGAGGAGCUGAAGGCCGUCCGGGUCAGCGCCGAGGCCGGGCGGAGCAUCGUGCCGGUCACCUGGGGCCACAGGCCGAAGCCCAGCGACGAGUCCUGCCUGGCGGUGCUCUUCGCCGGCGAUUACACCACCGCCAACGCCAGGAAGCUCAUCGACGAGAUGGUUGGCAAAGGCUUUUUACUGGUUCAGACGAAGGAAGUGUCGAUGAAAGCUGAGGACGCGCAGAGGGUUUUCCAGGAAAAAGCAUCCGAUUUCAUCCCGCUCCUGGAUAAAGGGUCUGUGGUCGCCUUAGAGUUUAACGGAGAUGGUGCGGUCGAACAAUGCCAGAGCAUCGUCAGCGACAUCUUCAGCGGGACCAAGAUCUUCGUAUCCGAAAGCAAGCUGGCAGCGGCUCGUGAUGUAGACAGCUUCUACAACUUCGCCGACCUGCAGAUGGGAAUGUGAAAUCCCCCCCAGACCUCGACCGGCGGAGCGAGGCUCCUGUUUUUCGACGCGUACGUGUAGGUCGGGCUCGUAUACUUUUUUGCACUAGGGAGGUCUUCAUUUUAUACCGAGGCUAAAAUGUUAAGAGGCUAUUUUUGAAGGAAUCUGUCGAUAUCGGGUGCGUCGGUUACCCGCCGCGGAGCAAGUAGUUUGUUUUUAAAUUGAGAAAUUCCGUACGAAUAAUUGUCAGAUUUCCCCCCCUCCCCCGCCCCCUGCACCCCCCAAGAAAUGCACUUUCCGCCCUAGAAAUGUGCAUUCUUUAAACCGGACUUUCCAAUGAACUGUGACAGGUGAACAUCUGCAGUGAAUUUUAAUAGGUGAAAGCUCUCCUGGAACAUACUUGAUGGGUUUUUUUCUAAAUGCAAUAUCUUCUUAAACCAAAACAUCUCACCACAUACGUGCACAGUACAUUUUUUAGAUUGAUUAGAAACCUUUUUGAAUUUUAACCUUUUUGCACUUCAGGACUAUCCUAUGAGGGGGGAAAGAAUCUCCUCACCAAAUACAUGCACAGGACAUUUUUAGAUUGA